CGAUCCCACACGCCUCUCAAUCUCUCAACCACACAAUGACGAAAAUACCCCUCACCACCAUCCUCCUCCUCUUCUCCGUCGCCUUCCUCGCCCUGAUCCCACCUUCCACCGCGGAGAUCAAAUCCCUCGCCAUCUCCUCCGACGCCCGCCCCAUGAUCCUCUUCGAGAAAUUCGGAUUCACACACACCGGCCACGUGACCGUCUCCGUCUCCUCCGUCUCCGUCGUCUCCACCUCCCCAGAUCCGAACCCGAACCCGUCGCGCCUCGGCUUCUUCCUCCUCUCCGAAGAGUCCCUCCUCCAGGUCCUCCUCGAGAUGCAGCAGAACGCGAGAUUCUGCGUCCUCGACUCCCACUACGUCACGCACCUCUUCACGUUCCGAGAUCUGUCCCCUCCGCCGAACUCCCGAUUCAACCACUCGUAUCCCGUGACCGCUCCCAACGAGUACUCUCUCUUCUUCGCGAAUUGCGCUCCCGAGACGAAAGUCUCCAUGGCGGUUAGAACCGAGAUGUAUAACAAAGAUCCCAACGGAUCUAAGGAUUAUCUCCCCGCGGGAGCUACUCAGUUACCGUCUUUAUACUCCUUCUUUUUCCUAUGCUACGUCGUUUUUGUAUGUUACUGGAGUUACACUUGCUGGACGAAUAAACGCGUUGUGCAUCGGAUCCAUCUCCUCAUGGGAGGUUUGCUUUUGAUCAAAUCGUUGAAUCUGAUCUGUGCAGCGGAGGAUAAGCAUUACGUGAAGAUCACGGGGACGCCACAUGGAUGGGAUAUACUGUUUUACAUCUUCCAGUUUAUCCGAGUUGUUUUGCUAUUCACUGUGAUCAUCUUGAUCGGGACGGGAUGGUCUUUCUUGAAGCCGUUUUUGCAGGAGAAGGAGAAGAAUGUGUUGAUUAUUGUGAUCCCUCUUCAGGUGUUAGCGAACAUCGCUUCGAUUGUGAUAGGUGAAACGGGGCCGUUUAUUAAAGAUUGGGUGACGUGGAACCAAGUGUUUUUGCUUGUUGAUAUUAUUUGUUGCUGUGCGAUUAUCUUCCCUAUUGUGUGGUCGAUUCGGGCGUUGAGGGAGACGUCGAAGACUGAUGGGAAAGCGGCGAGGAACUUGUCGAAGCUGACGUUGUUUAGGCAGUUUUAUAUUGUUGUGAUUGGGUAUUUGUAUUUCACGAGGAUUGUUGUGUUUGCGUUGAAGACGAUCGCGGCGUAUAAGUAUCAGUGGGUGAGCUUUGCGGCGGAGGAGAUUGUGAGUUUGGUGUUUUAUUUGAUUAUGUUUUAUAUGUUUAGGCCUGAGGAGAAGAAUGAGUAUUUUGCUGUUGAUGAUGAUGAGGAAGAAGCUGCUGCUUUAGCGCUUAGAGAUGAUGAGUUUGAGCUUUGAAGAUGGAGGGUGUUUAUGGGUAAAGAGUAUGUUUGUGUUAACGUCGUCUGCUGAUAUUUUGCAACUUUCAGUUUUGUGUUAAAUUUUGUUAUUUCUUUACAUGGAGAAUUCAUUGUUACAGAUGUUCACACGCUUUUAUAUAGUUUUUCUUUAUAGUUUAUCGUUUGUGCUCAUUUAACCAAUGUUUUAGUAAUCGUUAUCCCAUUAGCUUUACUGAGUUCUUUGAAGAGACCAAUUCAUUUGAUGUCUUUCUGUACAGCUGAAUUAUAAAACUAUGAAUAAAC